CUUUAAACUAAAUCUUUAUUUCGUUUUAUUUUAUUACCCACAAUGUCGUAUACAUCAAAAUUUAUUGAACGUUUCGAUAUCGAUCUAACACAGCCUAUUUUUGAAGAAUUGGAUAAUAACAGUUAUUCAACUAGUGAAUCGUUUUAUUCUUCUUCAGUAACUUUAUCUGAUCCUUCUAUAAUAUCAAAUAAACAAGAUACUACCAUAGUAACAAAUGCAACUGUAGAACCAAUUACAAUUCCACGAAAAGAAUAUCAUCAUCAUCCUCCUAUUAUUGAAAAAACCACGCCUACUACUACAGAUGAUACGACUGCUGACAUAACUUUAUCUUCUUCCCAGUCAUCAUCACAAAUUAGCCACAAAUAUCAUCAUUUACUAGGUGCCAAAUUCAAGCAUUUCUUAAGUAAUUUCUCUAUUAAGAAGAAGGAUAACGCUACUAGUAGCAGAUCAAGCUCCAACAUUACAUCAUCUAUACCAAGAGUAGUAUCAACUAAAUUUUAGACAAUUCUGUAUAAUUAUAUACUUUUUUAUAUCACAAUGUGUACAUAUAAUAAUAAUAUCUUUCUCUCUUUGUACAUAUAAUUUGUAUAUAUCUAUUAUACCUAGACCCUUUUUUUUUAUAUAUGUAUAUAA